AUGGAGAUUCUCCCGAGACUCUUCGUCUUCUCCGUGCUUCUCGCUACAGGAUCUUUUCUGGAGUGUGAAGUUUGCUCGAGCCCCGGCAGUAACUGUAUUGGUGAGAGAGAGCGCUGCAACGCUAAUGAAGACACCUGUUCCAUCAUCUCUAUUGAGAAUUCUCUAGAAGACCUCACGGUUCAGACGGUAGCAAAAGACUGUGAGUUUUCUGAGUCCUGCAUGACUCCUGGGAAGUCCAUGAAUAUGGGGCGUGGAAGAACCAUCCAGACUUACUCCAUCUGUUGCAUUGAGGAUUCCUGUGCAGUGGAAACCCCUAAGAUGGUGCCAAUGGAAAAUGCCACAAAUGGAAUACAGUGCCCGGCCUGCUUCUCUACCAACGGAAGUUGUGUUACUGAAAAAACCGCUUGCUCUGGAGAUGAGAAUUAUUGCUUUGAGAUGGUCUCAUCCACAAAAGUCGGUGGGAAAGUCAUCGAGGCCACCAUGAAGGGCUGCGCCACCAGGCACAUUUGCAAGGCAAUAGAAGAAAGGCAGGCCUCCCCUCUUAGAGGGUCUGGCUUGUCUCUCAAACAUGGCAGCUGCGACCCCUCAGCUUCCGGGGGAUCUCAGACCACUGGACUCCUCUUCCCAGCCUUCUCUGGGCUCCUGCUGAUGAAGAUGACCUUGUGA